GAAAUUGGCAACCGACUGGUAGAUGGCGGACUAAGUUCCACAACAAACUGACGUGGACGUCUGAAAAAUAGAACGGCUGUUGAGUGUAGGCAGAUUUUUGCUCAAAAAUCAUUGUCAAGCGGAAACACCGAUCAUGAUGGAUAUCACGUCCCUGUUUAAGGCCUCCAUCAAGACGGUCCGGACACGCAAUAAAGCUCUGGGAUUAAAUAACAAACCCGAAGACCCAAAUCGUAUUUUCCCACGACCAUCCAAAGAUCUUUCCAAAUUCCAAACGAAAGCCAAAGAGAUUGUCUCAAAUGUGGCCAAGUUGAAGGAGUUCUUGACGGAGAAUCGAAAGGCAUAUCUGGAUACAAGUGUUCAACUAUUCAACCAGGUCCCCAAGUUAAGUCAAGCUGAUCGAGCAGAGUUUGACCAUACCACCCAACUCAUCAUCAAAACAAGUAACCAAUAUUUGCAAGAACUAAAACGAGAAAAUGCAUCUCAGACUCAUGCCAACGCCCAGACAAAGGAACACCGCACCAUUGUGAUCAGCAUUAUAGAGCAAUACUUUAAAUCUGUAUGCAAAACUUACAGCGAGCUGAAGGAGUUGUACUCCAAGCGCCAGCAUGAGCUCAACAAAGUCACCAAACUUGAAGGAGAUGGAAUGGCCAGUUUCCGAAAAUCCAGCCUGGGAUACGAGAGUCCCACCGACAGUCCCAGGGUCUACUCCAGUUACGACGACGAUGACAAGAAAGCCGACGAGGAGAACGUGAACUUUACCGUAGCCGAAGUUCAACUGUUUGAAAAGGAGAAUUCCCUCUUGUUUAACGAAUUAAAUAGUUUAACGGAAGAAGUCAACCAGAUUUCAGGGCGUGUCGUCAAGAUUGCCGAACUGCAGCAAGUUUUGACAGAAAAAGUCCUGGAUCAGGAAAAAGAUAUUGAACGAAUCGCCACUACCACCGUCUCGGCUACUGAAAAUAUUCGUGAGGGCAACGAACAACUACGACAAGCACUGCAAAGCAACUCUGGUUUUCGAAUUGCCAUCAUCUUUUUUAUUCUUGUUCUAUUCUUCUCCAUACUUUUCCUCGAUUGGUACAAUGAUUAAAUACAGAAAUAUGAGAUUUU